GCCUGGCUUACCGUUUCACGACGACGGUGCGGUGCGGUGCUGUGGGAGGAACAAAAAGGUGCGGGUGCCAAUGUUGGGUGUCUUGCGUUUAUUUCGUCCGUUUGAGAGACUGGACCUUUGAUUCUUCAAGAGCAAGAGCGUUGACGUUGACGGUUGAAGAAAGAAAGAACGAAAUGGCGCCAACAUCAACAUCCACUCCUCCCAUCGCGAGACGAGCAGAGAAAGACACACCAGCCCUCCCAGGAAUGAAACGCGGCAUCGCCAUCGGCGUCGCGGCCUCGGUCUGCAUCCUGCUCAUCGCACUCGUCGCCUUCUUCGCCAUCCAGCGCCGCAAGAAGAUAGCAGCCAAAGCCAACACAUCCUCCACCUCCACCACUCCCUCCACCACGACCCAUUCCUCGCCAGCAUCGGCAACCACCCCCUCAUGGCCGCAAGAAAAGCAAUACCCGCCAGCCUCGCACUGGAAACCCAGCAACUUCCCACAACCCCAACCACCCGUCGAAGCCGACGCCAACACCCGCGCCAUCUACGAGCUCCCCGGCGACUUCGACGCCGCCGUGCCCGAGCUGCCGAGCAGAGCGCACACACGCACGCCACCCAGCAAACCCAGCGCUGCAGCAGAAGAGCUAGAAUCCGGCAGGGCCUACGCGACGUUCGACUACGCGGCGGAGAUUGCGCGCGAGGAUCGCGCGGUGGGGCUGCGCAGUCUGCCGGUCUUGCAGAUUUCGCCGCCGGAGGCGGAGGCGUCGCCGCUGGCGGGUGUGGGGGCAAGGGAAGGGGGAGGAGGGGGAUGGAGGGGCAGUGUGAGCUCGUUGAGUGUGAGUCCGCUAGAGGAGGGGGGGUAUUUGCCGAGUCCGGGGGCGGGGAGGGAGGUGGCGGAGAGGAGGUGGGUGUGA